ACAUUUUACCUGCACCGAUACAUUGUAACAAACUGUCAGGACUGCAGAGAGAUGUUUGGUAUAUAAAGGGAUUCUCUGGACUCCAUACACUGUCACGAACCCUCAGCUGUGAGGCAUCAGAGUGGAGGUUAAAGAGACCUGGCAGAGAAAGGGUUUAUGAGUGUAGGCGGAGUCUGGAGUUGUGGGUGGAGUUUUAGAGAAGGAAGAGAAAUCCACCAGGAUCCGCAGGAGCAUUGAGGGCCCCGGAACAUGGAGGGACGAUCGGGGGCCACCUUAAAGUGGGGCCCUGGCCUCAGCCCCUGGUGUCAGCUGACCCUGUGGAGGGCCUGUAAUGGCCUCAUGGCUACUUUCUUUGCUCUGGCUGCCUAUGUGCAAAUCAAUGAUCCAGAUGCUGAAAUGUGGAUAGUGAUCUACCUGAUCCCGUCCGCACUGAUUUUCCUCCUCAGUAUAAAUCCUGACAUAACAGGUCAUGUGAUCUGGAGGACUCUGUCCGGCCUCCACUGCGCCCUCUGUUGUCUGGGAGCGUCCUAUCUCUUGGUGUCGCUGUUGGUUUCGGGUAAUAUUAGAGGCUUGUUACACGAGGAGGAAGGCAGGGAGCUAUCUGGAUUAGUUAUCAUUGCAUUGUGGAUGUUCCUCUGUAAAGACUCUGGAAGAGCCUCUCUUGGGGGGGUCAGAUUAUUGGUGGCCUCGUCCAUCUCAGUUCUCCCUUUUCUGACCUGGAUCUACAUCUACAUCCACAAGGAGAUGAGGACAUCUUGGCCACAACACUGCAAGACGGUGAUAUGAGGUCAGAAGAUGGCGGCUUUGAUGCGGUUUCUCUUGUUUAUUAUGGAGUCCUCAGGGUUGGAGAUGUUUCUGCUGUCUAUGAAGGGUCUCAGGAUCGGAUCAGUGUCCAAUCAGAUUAAAUUGUCUAAGUAAUUGGCCCCAAAUGUUGAGCUCAGGUGACUUUUUGGAAAUGUUUUGGAACUGACCACAUUGGAGAAGACUGAGGAUUCUUCAGAUCGGUCUCCAACCAUUCAGCACUGUGGAACCAUGUGGUGGUCUCUGUCCUCAUCAGAGAUGGGACCAUGUGGUGGUCUCUGUCCUCAUCAGAGAUGGGACCAUGUGGUGAUCUCUCCUCAUCAGGGGGUUUUCCAAAAUUCUUCUUAGUAAGGGGGUGGGUCGUUGAGCCACAUUCAAGAGAGAAGGACAACCCAAGAAUUAGGGCAGAAGAUUGCUUGUCCUCGAGAGGUCCCUCCAUGGGGAGAGGCUGUCAGAUGUCUCUGAUCUGGUCCAGUGCCUGGAGAUAUAAAUGUAUAGUAAUAUGUGUGCCAUUAAGGAGUUAAUAAUUUAAUAAGAGUCUUACAAAAACAAGUGUUAGAUCAAUCUCAAGGCUUCAUAGGUUGUCAUCAGUCCAUGACCUUUACUGACGUGGAGACCAUGUGGUGUCCAUCAUUGUAACCAUCUUCAGGGAUCCCCUAUGUUCUCCCAUUGUCCAUGACUGGGGGUCCACACUAUGUUCACCCAUUGUCCAUGACUGGGGGUCCACACUAUGUUCACCCAUUGUCCAUGACUGGGGGUCCACACUAUGUUCUCCCAUUGUCCAUGACUCGGGGUCCACACUAUGUUCACUCAUUGUCCAUGACUGGGGGUCCACACUAUGUUCUCCCAUUGUCCAUGAUUGGGGGUCCACACUAUGUUCUCCCAUUGUCCAUGACUCGGGGUCCACACUGUGUUCUCCCAUUGUCCAUGACUCGGGGUCCACACUAUGUUCACCCAUUGUCCAUGACUGGGGGCCCACACUAUGUUCACCCAUUGUCCAUGACUGGGGGUCCAUACUGUGUUCUCCCAUUGUCAAUGACUCGGGGUCCACACUGUGUUCACCCAUUGUCCAUGACUGGGGGCCAACACUAUGUUUUUCCAUUGUCCAUGACUCGGGGUCCACACUAUGUUCACCCAUUGUCCAUGACUGGGGGUCCAUACUAUGUUCUCCCAUUAUCCACACUAUGGUCUGUCAUGC